CCGGGACUCGCGCUGCAGCAAGAUUCUAUGAAGAUUGUGUGUUAAAGCCCUGAGAGAAGAGACUGCAAAUGGAAAGAGUGGCGUCCAGUUUCCUCUGAUUUCUGCUGGAUUUAGGUUAGGAUUUGACUAUGGCAGUGCGGUUCCUGCGGAAGGCAUCUGUGUGGUUAAAGAAGCACAAGAUCACUGUGUUGGCUGUUUCUUGCAUGGGACUGCUGGGCACUAACCUUUCCUAUCAUGUGUUUCCUGAGCAAACAUUCAAACUUUUGCACGAGUGCUGGUCAGAGGGGCAGCCAGCUGAGCUUUCAGAGAAGCUCUGUGGUGUGUUUCAGGAUGUCCUUCAAGAUACUGGUGUAAAGUCCACUGGCUCCUACAGAGCCUUUGCCGCUUCUGGCUUCCACCCUGUGAGCGCUGGAAUUCCCUGGCUGCCCGAAGGCUGUUUGGUGGGCAUCCCGCCUAACUUUGAUAGCACAGCUGAGGAUAAAAAAGGAAUAGUCAAUCAUGUUGUUGUAAUAAAUGGCAAGGAAGUAGACUGGGAGAGCAGUGAAGGCGUGGCUUUGAAGGAAGCUCUCACAUUUUCCCUUAAAGCUCAGAAGUUUGCCAUUGCCAGAGAAAUUGUGUACUUGCGGAACGGCAGCCCUUUAGCAAGUGCAGUUGUGGCUCCGACUUGCUUGGCUGGGACCUUUGUCUGUGGGAGAGCUCUAAAGCUGCUUCUGGGGCUAUCCACCGGCCCUGUGAUCCUCCGCGGCCUCUGUAACCUUGUCACUGCCAUGGGAGGACUGCUCUGCUACUAUGUCUCUUCUGAUGCCAUCACCUAUCACCUGGACUGCAGGGCUGACUCGAAGGCAGCCAGGCUUUCCAAGGACUAUGCCAGCGGUGGCCUUGAAUUUUAUGAUAAAAUCUUGUCCCGCAACAGGAUUGUUCGUGGUCUGAUGGGCAAACAAGGGAUGAAAAUGUACGCCCCGAGUGGUAACCUUUUCCCAAGGCACUGGUUCAGAAUAAAGUAUACCCCGUACACUUACCGGAGAACUUUGAUUCUUAAUAUUUUAAGAGAGCUCCAGGCAUCUGAUGGGAGUGCUUGAAUUUUAAACUUGUGAAUUAUGUAUUUUGGAACACCGCUGUGCUGCUUUUUUCCUUUUUUUUUCCUUCUGUAUCUUCAAUAGAAUUUUGGGGUUUAUUUUUGCAUAUAGUUCGGGAAGAGUUAUUGUACAUUUCUUGAAUAAAGAAUUCUCUCUUAAAAUAUUAAA